UUUUGAGAUGCCAUUUGUCUAAACAAGAGUAAAUUUUUUUUUCCUGUCGGUUUCUUUGUUCCAUUUUCCACGUUUUCCGUGUUCCAAGAUUCUCGAGUUUCCUCUCAGCAUUUUUGGGUAGACCUGGGAGCGAAUGAGGAUUACCGCUUCGUGUAAAGCAACUUGUAAAAACUUGGUAACCGAGCAUUUUCUUCUCAGCGCUUCUUCUUUGUCGAGGCAUGGUGGACCGAACACUUGUAGCCCAAAAGCUCACCAUGUUGUUGUUGCGCCAGACUAUUUUCUGUUCACUCAUAUUCGCCUUCAGUUACUGGUCGUCAACACAAGCUCAAGAUGUUGUCGGUUGCGGAGGUUUCGUGCAAUCAGAUGUUGAUAUCAACUACUCUCUCAUAGAGAUGAAGCUGUUGACCAAGCAGGGAAUCAUAAAGUCACAGACAGAAUGUGCACCUAACAAUGGCUACUUUCUUAUUCCAUUGUAUGACAAGGUAUGUAACACUCCAUUUCAAGUGCAUGGAUUUUCAGUCACUGGUCAAAUUCUUACAGCAGAGGGUCAAGGCAUUGGAGAUGUUACAAUUUCAGCUGGUGAAGACCUGACGGCAACAACAACUGCAGAAGGUGUCUAUGUAUUGAACAAUGUCACAGCUGGGGGCUACACUAUUCAGGCAAAUAAAGAACACUAUUUUUUUAAUCCAGUGAAAGUUCAAGUGACUCCAAACACUCCCAGGCUUCCGGUGAUCACUCCCACAUCAUAUCACCUGUGUGGAAAUUUAAAGUUUGAUGAGUUUCCUCCUGGAGUUAGUCUGUUAAAAGGACGCAAAAUGAUUUUACAAACAGAAGGUGCAUCAAUUGCAACGAGAUCAAUUUCUACCUCAGUGGAUGGAAAUGGUGACUUUUGCUUCAAAGUACCGCCAGGGGUCCAUACCAUUCAGCCUGUCAUAACAAUGCAAGAAGUUUCUGCUGGCUUGGCAUUAACACCCAAGGAACAAGUAGUGACCGUGACAAACAGUCCUGUUCUUGGCAUAGCAUUCUCACAGUUCAGGGCAACCGUUGCUGGAACUGUAAAAUGUAUUGGUGGUUCCUGUACCGGGGUUUCAGUUUCACUUCAAUCAUUGUCAAACCCAAAUCUGCCCAAAGCAGAGGCCCAGGUCACUGAUACCUCUUUCAUGUUUAAAGAUGUUUUUCCUGGAAAAUACAAAGCAUUAGUACUCGAAGAAUCUUGGUGCUGGGAAAAUUCAUCUUUGGAGUUUGAGGUGGCAGAAGCAGAUGUCACUGACCUACAGUUUGUGCAGUCAGGAUUUAUUUUAAAAUGUAUCCUGUCUCAUGACAUCACAUUGUUCUUUUCACUGGAAUCUGGUAAAGAAACUGUGGACUCCUUUGACUUACCUAAAGGAACUAAAACAUUUUGCUUGAANGAAAUUAAAGGCGCGCGAGAAAAAGUCAAAUUACUUUCGAUACUCGAGUCUCUGAAAUCCAAGGAGGUCACAAGCAUAGGACCAUUAAAACUGGAAUCAAAGGAAAAGAAAGAUGCAGGGGAUUUAAAUGGCAGUAAGCUCGAAGAGCAAAAAGACGAGCUAUUAUACAACUUUUCACACUGGGGAAGGCGUGGUGAGGAAUUUGAAGUUACUCCAGCUUCAUCAGAGUUGCUGUUUUACCCUGCAAGCAGAGUUGUCACCAUUUCAGAUGACUGUCCAGCAGCUUGGGCUGAAUUUGAAGGACGGAAAGGUGUCUUCAUCGAGGGUCAAGUUGCUCCUCCUUUGAGCGGCGUCCAGAUUGUCAUUUCACCAGGCGGUGACAAGCCCAUUGCUGACAUCACAGUCCAAACAGACAGUAAUGGAAAAUACCGGGUGGGCCCCCUUCAUGGAGGCAUUGAGUACUUUCUGCUAAUGGGAUUUUGCGCGCAAGUACUUUGUUCCAGAGGCGAAGGUGAAAAUUCCCUCGCGACUCUGCAGCCGAAACAAACCACUCGCGUGCUUAAUCCCGCCAGUACACUUGCGAACGAGGAAUACGAUUUUUCUACUUUCUCAGAUGACUGUCCAGCAGCUUGGGCUGAAUUUGAAGGACGGAAAGGUGUCUUCAUCGAGGGUCAAGUUGCUCCUCCUUUGAGCGGCGUCCAGAUUGUCAUUUCACCAGGCGGUGACAAGCCCAUUGCUGACAUCACAGUCCAAACAGACAGUAAUGGAAAAUACCGGGUGGGCCCCCUUCAUGGAGGCAUUGAGUACUUUCUGACUGCAAGCAAACAAGGUUUUAUACUCAGCCCUGUGGCUGGCAAGAAGGGAGAUUUUCAAGCGUUGAAACUUGGACAAAUUGACAUUGUGGUGUCUGAUGACAAUGAUCAGCCGUUAUCUGCAGUUCUGUUGUCGCUGAGCGCGGGUCAGUUCCGUAGCAAUAACCUGACUCUUGAUAAUGGUACUAUGGUGUUUGCUAACUUGGGUCCAGGACAGUACUUUUUUCGUCCGAUGUUAAAAGAGUACACCUUCACACCCGCUUCUCAGAUGAUAGAUGUUGGUGAAGGUGCGACUGUGAUGAUACAUGUCAAAGGCAAAAGAGUUGCGUUCAGUUGUUUCGGUCAAAUAUCAUCCCUAAAUGGGGAGCCAGAAAAAGGAAUAGCUAUCGAGGCUGUCGGCCUCGAUAGCUGCGAAUCUUUUCAAGAAGAAACAGUUUCUGAUCAAGAGGGUCAAUAUCGCUUGCGUGGACUUCAGCCCGGGUGCAUGUAUAGAGUUCGAGUGAAGACUGGGGAUAGUAAUCCACACAUUGAGCGAGCCUCGCCCUCGUUUAUCGACAUACAGGUUUCUGGCUCUGACCUUCAGAAUGUAAACAUGAUCGCUUUCCGCCAUGUUAAUCAAUUUGAAAUUACAGGCAAUGUUGUGACUGACAGCCAGUUUAUUUCAUCUCUUAAGGUUACGCUGUCGCCAGAAAACAAUCCCGACACGCCGGUGUUUACCACGCCCGUCAGCGUCGCCAGUUACUUCCAGUUUCCUUCCGUGCCAAAUGACGGACUCGUGUACAUUGUUCGUUUGGACUCUUCUCUCUCUACCUUGAAUUAUAAUUACAUUCGACCUGAAUCUACUGUCACUGCCACUGGAGUGCGGGCUCAUGUCACGUUUAAAUUUGAACCACAGGUGAGCUCUCUAUUUUGCAGACUCCUCCCCUCCCCCCUUAUCUCCGUUACGCUGUCGCCAGAAAACAAUCCCGACACGCCGGUGUUUACCACGCCCGUCAGCGUCGCCAGUUACUUCCAGUUUCCUUCCGUGCCAAAUGACGGACUCGUGUACAUUGUUCGUUUGGACUCUUCUCUCUCUACCUUGAAUUAUAAUUACAUUCGACCUGAAUCUACUGUCACUGCCACUGGAGUGCGGGCUCAUGUCACGUUUAAAUUUGAACCACAGCCACGUAAAGCUGAACCAGAACCAAGUCAAGGCUCGUUCCUUACCUUACCUCUGUUGGUUCUUCUAAUUCUCUUAGCUGUGAACCACAACAAGGUUAUUCCAUUUCUUCAACAAGUACCUCAACUCCUACAAGGUGUGUCUGCUGACCAACUGCAAGCUCAGAUGGAGGACCCUUUCAAGAACAAGAAGAAACCAAAAGAAAUACGACGAAGAUAACAAAGCUUUGAGAUUUAGGAAUUUUUACAAUUCGCUGUGUUUAAUUAAUAAUAUCAAAGUAACUUCACUAGAGACAUCCGUGUUACAAACUCCACUUGGAUAGAAUUUUGAAUUUAAAAGUUACUCCUGUCUCUUAUCUUACUCGGUCUAGCUUGGGAAAAAGCUUUCUUGCUUUCCAAUUGAGCUCGCCAGUGGUCUUAUGUCAAGCUACCGCGCCUGCGAUGUUGCCUAGUUACUAGGCCUCGAUAUUUCGCCUCGGUCAAUUGUUUUCGGGUCACGUGGUCCGAGGCGGAAAAGGCCAAUGAUGAUGUUAAAAGGUUUUCUCUCGAG